AUGGAUAGUUUAAAGCAUGUAAAAGUCAAAUCUCGUUGGACACAAUCUUGUCAGAUAGACAUGUUGACUGAGGAGUCACAAUCUUCAUUAGAGAUGUCUGAUUCUAUAACAGAUGUUUCAACUAGUGAUCUAAAUGAAAAUACUGAUCAUAGUUCUGAUUUAAAUUCUUUAGAAGUAAUGUCCCACAAGACUUCGAACAAUUCUAACAGAAGAAGUCUAAACAUAAAGCAAUCCUUACAUACAUCUGACAAUAAUAAAAAGAAAAUUAAACAUCAAGACCCUAAAGAUAUUAUUGAAUGGAUUCCAAUUAAUUGGAAUGAUAUUUCUAUUUAUCAAACAAAGGAAAAAUCAAAGAGUGUUGGUGAUAUCAGUGAGAAUAUUAAAAAUAUGCCUCAAAAACCAUUUCGCCGAGCUUCUUUAUCCUGGAAGUUCAAAUUUACACCUACAAAUGAAAGAUCUAAUAAAUAUUAUAAUCUUUAUAGACCACGCGAUCUGAGUAAAAGCAUAUUCAAAAUUAAAUAUUUCUCUACUAAUUAUGGGUUAGAUGAAGAAAACAGUAUUCUUGUAAAUGAUGAAAAUGUUUCCCUAAAACCGUGUUAUUCAGAUAUUAAUAAUUUGAAUUGUAAGAAUAAUGAACAUCCUAAAGUUGUACUAAAUUUGAACAAACUUGAAAUAUCAAAAACGUAUUUUAAUAAACAAGAACAAUCUGAUGAUUUGAAUGAUGAACAUGUAAACCAUUCUAAUGUAGAAAAGACAUAUAAAGUUCCUAAGCUUUCUCCAAUAGAAUUGAAAAAUUUAAGAUAUAGUCGUUCUAUAUAUAGGUUCAAAGAAAUUCGUUCUAAAAGUUUAGAUUUCUUAAAGACGAAAACAAAUAUUUUAAAACGGUCCUUAAGUUGUGAUGAUAUUAAGAAAUUAGAAAACUCUGUGGUUGUUAAUUUUACAUGUAUAAAACCACAACAGACAUCUCCUAAAAAGGUACGGAGACAGUCCAAAAGAAUUAAGCCUAAGAAUACAAAUAUAGAUAUCUUUGAUAAUGCACAAAUCCCAAAAGUUGACUAUAUUAAGAUAGCUGAAGAAAUGUAUCAAGACCACAAAAAUCAAUUGCUUGAAGCAAGAAAUAAAGAUAAAGAAUUUGAUCAAAAAUUGAAAUCUACUAAUUUUACUCUUGUUAAUGAAAACGUAUAUCAACCUGAUAAGUAAGUUAUAACAAAUUAUUAAUCAAUUUGAAACACUAAUAAAUUUAAUUUUUUUGUAUAAUUGCUUGAAUAAUACAAAUCUAAUUGAUGCAAAAUAGAAUAAAUUUUUAUGUUAACAUGAUUUUAAAAUAUUUAAUGAUCCAUUAAGUUGUCGUUAAUAUUUAUAAUAUUCAUUACAUGCAAUUUAAAAAAAAUAUUUUUUCAAUAUAUUUUCCAUUAAUCAUUGGAUUUUAUUUUGCAGAAUUAAUUUUCAAUAUAACUCACUAAUGCAUUCAUAAUAUUUUAAUUUGUAGGACAAGUUAUAUUCUUAAAAUACUAAAUAUUUUAUAUAUCAAAAAUAGUUAUACAAAUUAUAGGUAGUUAAGUUAACAAAUAUAUUAAAUUUGAACAACAUAAAAAAAAAAAAAAUUAUAAUUAUAACUGUAGGAUGAAGGUUUUUAUUAUGAUAAAUGUGUAUUACUUAUUGUUAUGUUACUAUUUUUUACUCUGUUAAUAAAACUGUGUUUAUUUAAUUAAAUAAAAAAUAAUACAAUUGAUUCAAAAAACUAAGUUUUUCCAUGUAGUGGAAAUCUUGCAUUAUACAUAUCUACUACCCAUUAUUAAAUACAUUUUUAAUUGGCAUUAACUAUUUAAAAUUAACUUGUUAUCAAAUAUUUUCAAGUGUGGUUUAUCUAUUUAAUUUCAUGUAAUCAGUUUAUAUUGGAAUGUACAAAAAUUCAUAUUAAUCUUAAUACACUUAGGUAUUUUAUUUUUUAAUACAAUGUACAUAUAAAAAUAUUUUGGCAAAAUCUAGCAAAAUUAUACAUAAAUCAUAAUAGAAUAUUUUAUCUGUAUUAUCAAUUAAAUAAUUUUAAAAAAUAGCAUUUAGCAAAUAGCAUGUAUAGAUAAAAUUCGUAGAUAUCAAAUGCGUUUUAAAGCUACAUUUUCUUUAAAUUUAUUUUUAGAGAAAUAAAACUACCAAAUUGCUAUUUUAAAUAAAAUUUUCUUAUUAAAUUUGUCUACUAAAUCAAAAUUUACACGUUUAAAAAUUAUACAUUAUUAUUUAAAUUUUUCUUCUUUUCUUUCGCCUCGUGUUUAUUAAUUAGUUAUAAAUACUUAAAACUAAUGACUUAAUUUAUUACAUCAUGUUUUGUUUUAUUUGAAUUUAAUGUUCAAGUUAAAUCAUUAAUUUUCAAAACAUUUCAAUACAAAAUAAUUUUAACCUAUUCUACCAUUUAAUAUUUAUUUAAAUUUAUUAUUUUAUUUAUAUUGAAUUUUUGUAAUAAUAAUUAUUACUUCCAAAUGUAUAGGUAUACAUUUGUUGUUUAACAGAAAACUAAUUUUCAGCUGAAAUUUAAAUAUAGUGGAUUCCACUUAAUGUGGGCAUGUUGGAACCAGUUUCAUUUGUCCACAUAAAGUGAAAUCCACUGUAAUAGUUUUUGAAAUAUUUAUUUUUAAGACAUAUUUAAUGUAAUUUGUUUUCAGGCAAGCUUUAAAAUUGUAUCAACCAUCUGAAAUUUCAGCAUUGCUUAAGCUGAAACAAAAGUAAUAAUUUUAUAAUUGCUUGAAAUUUUAUUUCAAUGAGUUAAUAAUAAAUAUAUAUUUUGUUAAUUCUAGAACAAAAAAAGAUGAUUUAUAUGAAAAGUGUGAUUGUGGAUUGUCAAAAAGAGAUGCAGGAAAUACUCGAUGUGAACAAUGUCCAAAUCGUAUGCUCAAAGUUGAAUGGUUAGUGAAUUAUUUUGAAAUUGUUUUUUUUUCUGUCACAUAUGUACUUAUGUAAAAUAUAUUUUUCUAGUGGCUCACGUUGUCGUUAUAAACAAAAUUGUACCAAUAAACAAUUUCAAAACAAACAGUUUAAAAAAAUUAAUAUUAUUAAGACAGCAAAAAAAGGUUAUGGUAUUUGUGCUGCAGAAGAUAUUCCUAAGUAUGUCAAUAAACAAAUGUAUUUAUGUAUGUUUAUGUAGCUACAGUAUAGAAAAGGAAAAUAUAUUGACAAAACCAAAGUUUAAUUAGGAAAAUAUAAAUUUAAGUUUGAUUCUUUGAUAGUAUUAACAUUUCAUAUUUUUACUGCCAGGUCUUGGUAAAUCAGAGAAUGUUAUUAUAUAUUCAAAUUCAAAGAAAACAAAUUUUUAAUAAAAUAAUAAAGCAAAAACAAAAUUAUUAAAUGGUUAAUACUCUUAAAUAAAUAUAUAAAUAUAUUCAUGUUUGUAUUGUAAUUAGUUAAAACUAUUUUAUUGAAUAGAAUUUUAAAAAGACAAUGUUGCCCUAAAAUAGUUUGUAAAUAGUUCUUAUGUUAUUAUACAUUAAUAAAUAAAUUUAUAUUAUAAUUUUAAAUAAAUAUCCAUUUUUUUUUUUUAUAGAGGUGUUUUAAUUAGCGAAUAUGUCGGAGAAGUUAUUUCCUAUAAUGAAAUGUGUGAUCGUCUAAAUUCAGAAGAGUAUGCAAAUCUAAAUUACAUGGUUGAAUUAAAUAGUGAUGCAAUUAUUGAUUCUACUUCAAAGGGAAAUUUAACUAGAUUUAUCAACCAUAGUUGUGAUCCAAAUUCAGUUAGCGAAAAAGUAAAUUUUAAAAUAAAUAUUUAUUUCUAUAAAUGUUUACUGUUAACAUUCUGGAAAGCAUAUUAAUCAUAGAAAUAAGCUUUACUUGACCAAACAGCUGUUGUUUUGUUCACCAUAGUUGUUCAUUAUCUACAAUGGAUUUGUUAUAUAUAUGUGAACUAUUAGUGAAAAAGCCAUGGGACCUAUGUUAAACAACUAAUUUCAUGCACAAUAUCAAUAAUUAUCAAUCAUAUAUCUUUUAAAACAUGUAAACUGAACUCCGCUCAGAAUUGUUAGUUAAAAGUAAUCUAUAUUAUUUUUCACGAAAGAACGGUAGUAAGUCAUUCUUCCACAUCCCGCACCUCGCUCAGGGCUCCCACCACUAUCAGGCCAAGUGUAAUCCUGCAGCGAUCCGUAGCUCAAUCUGUGUGCGCGAAAUACUACCUAUCUCUCGUAAAAAAUAAUAUAGGUUAAAUUUCCCUCUAUUUUCUACCUUUUCAACUUCUCACCUACGGCUCAUUGGUCAUGUAUCUUUUUUUUUCUUUAUUUUUAAACUUUAUAGAUAAGGUUGUUGUGCUGUAUUAUAUUUCGAUUAAGACAAUAAAAAAAUAAUAAUAAUAAUCUAUAGCAAUAUCAGCGUGUGAUAGCUUGUGUGUUAAUAUGACAUAAUAAUUAAAUAUUAUUUGUUUUUAAACCAUAUAUUAAUUUAUGUCUUUAUUAUUAAAUUAAUCACUCCUACUUAUUAGUGUUGGUAUUAUUUUCGUAAAAAAAAAAAAAAAACAUUAUUUAAUUUUGGUUUUAGUGGCAAGCCUUGGGUCUAUCUCGUAUUGGUUUCUUUAGCACUCGAAAUAUAAAGAUCGGUGAAGAAAUCACGUUUGAUUAUCAAUUUCAAGUAUUUGGGUAAAUGUAUUGAAUUUAAUAAAAUAAUGUUCAAUAUUUUUGUAAACUUAAUUAUUGAAAAUUAUUAAUUUUUUAAAUUUUCAGUGCUGCCCAACGUUGUUAUUGUUACUCACAAAAUUGUCGAGGAUACAUCGGUAAGCCACCACAAAUUACUUGUUCUGACGAUAAUGAUAAUACUACAGAAAAUCACUCGACUUCAAAACCUGAAGAAAAACAAAAAAAAAAACGAAUUAUUGAAAAGAGAAUUGUAAAUAAUGAUGAAAAUAAAAUCAAAGAGGUAUAUAUUUACUUGAAAAUUAAUAGAUUGCUGUGAAUAAUAGUUUUCAUGAAAAUGUAUUGUACAAAUUAAAAGCUGACUCAUUUUAGGUUGAACAAUUUUUAACAAUUUUUUAGUAAUAUAUUAAUUUUAAUAUUUUUUUUUAAUAGCUAAGCAGACAAUUGAAAGAGAUUGCCGAAUUAAAAACUGGAUUAAAAGCUGAUCAAGAAAUGGCUAUAUUAAACUUAAAUAGACUUAUGGUGCACAUCACUGAUAGUAAAAGUCGUAGUCAUGUUCUAAGAUUUAUUCGAAGAGAACAUUAUAUGAAUAAGCGAAUUUUUAUGGAUUUUAGUGGACUUAGUAUUAUUCAUAACUGGAUGACUUCAAAUGAAAAUGACGAAUCAUUUAAAAUAAUGGUAAAUUUAAUUAUUUUAUAAAUAUUUAAAUUAGAAGUUUUUAGGUUUAAACUUUGAAUCAAACCAAACUUAAUAAUAAUUAGAGUUAUUUGUUUUAAUUCACUUUGGUGUUUCAAACUUUUUCUGUUUGGUUUAGAUUUAAACUUAAUUUAUUUAAAAAAAAAAAAUUUAACUUCUAUAUGAUUUAUUUUUAAACUUUCAGAUUUUAGACUUUUUAGCUGAACUUCCAAUUCCAAAUAGAAAUACAAUUACUAAAUCAAAAGUAUUAGAUGUUGUUGCUGAAUGGGCAGAAAUUCCUCAAGAUGUCAAAUCUAAAAUAGAAAGGUUUCGUUAAAUUAAAUAUUUAUUUUAAUUCAAAUAAUUAGCCAUUUGGUUGAGUCAUAGAGAUGGGUUAAAAUAUUCAAAGUUGGAAUUAAAAAUGUGUAUUUUUAGGGUAAUUUUUGAACACAGAUAAUAUAUUUCAAACCGAACAAAAUGUUUGAAAACUGAACUAAGUUCGUAUUACCAACUUAUUUUUUAUCCUUUGAAAUAGCUUUGUAUGAGAAAAAACUGUUAGACAUAGGAUGAUGUAAUUGAAUUAGCUGAUGGUUAACACUUGAUUGAUACAGAUGGAAGUUGCUUUAUAAUAUUUGUGUAGUAGGCUCUCAAGGGCACCAAUGUUACCAUUGCAAAACUGAUUCCAAAAAUAAUUGUAAUGUUUGCUGCGGGGGUGAAAUGCAACAGCUAAUAUCAUGGAAAUACUUCUUGUACAAAUAAAUAAUCAUUAAUAAAAUAUGUUGUUUUACAUUUUCAAAAUACCUAUAUUAUGUUUUUAUUAAUAUUAUUUUGGAUUUCUAUCUAUAAUACAGCUAUUUUAUUUUUAAAUAAAAAUAAAUUAAAGUUACUUUUCACUAAAAUUGUAGAUUUAUGUGAAUAUUUUGUUCGCAACAGUAAUUAUUUAUGUAUUUGGUCAAAUGUAUAAUAUAUUCAUUACAUGUAUUAUAGUUUUGAUUUGCAAAAUAUACAUAUUGAUGAUAUUGGAUUAAUCACAAGAAAUUAAUUUUUUUUUUUGAAUUACUAUUUAUUUGAAUAAUUAUUAUUGGAAUAACAUUUAAAAUUACAUUUUUUUUACCUUCUGCUCUGCAUUUACAUUUUUUGUUCAAUCAUUUUUGAGUACAAUUAGAUCCAUCAUACUCUUGUCUUCCUAAAUUUGCACAUUUUCUAGCUGCUUUUACUAUUGAAAUUUUUAGAUUAGAUACGUCUUCAACACUUAUUAAUUUUUUAUUGCACAUAGCAUACUGGUUACAAGAAUAUGUGUGUUCCAACUUUCCUUCGGUGGUUCCUAUCUCAUAAUUGUCUUCGUAAACUAAAAUAUUAACAUAAUAGGUAUUAUACUUGUUAUUAAUAUUAUUAAAGAUUUUCAAUAACAUAUUUAUCUCAAGCCAAUAAGCCGUAAUUGUGUAAGUGUAAUAAUUGGAAUAGUUCAAACAGAAUUUGUUGGUGCACCAGCUAGCAUAUUAUAUAUGAUUAAUGAUUAUGAAGUUACCCAUCAUUCAAUUUAUCAUACCCGAUAAGUCAUAAUACACACCAAUUAGGAACACUAGUUAAAAUGCCCAAUUUACUAGAGGCUAAGUAUACUUAGACCUGCCAAUGUAUUACCCUACCUAGGUAUAGUAGUAAUUUAUUGUAUUGCCCAAAAAUAUCAAAGAUUAAAAAUUGGACAAACUUAAAUUAGGUAGCUAUUUUUAAACAGAAGAUACUAUGAAAAAUCUUUGGACCCAAAAUUAAUAACGAAGGUGAAUACAAGAUAAGGACAAACUAGUAAAUCCAAGACAUGUAUGAAAAAGUGACAACUAAUAAUGUUUUAAAAAUUAGUAUGUUGAACUGAGCAGGUCAUGUGUGAAAGUCAGAAAGAAUUAGGCAAGUUACAGAAUGGAUACUAAGAAAGGCCAAGAGAACAUCUUAGAUAAAGAUGGAAGGAUCAAGUAGCCAAGAACAUACAAGACUUGUAAAUAAGAAUAGAGUAUAUAACUGGCUAAGAAAAGAGAAUGAUAGAAACAAGUGAUUGUUGUGGUAAUGGACCUAAAAGGUUUUUAAAGUGCCAAAGAAGAAGAGGAGGAACCUAGACCCAAAAAUUCAAACUUUAAAUUGUUUAAAAAUUUAUUUUUUCCUCAUCAUUUUUAAAAACUACUGGAAAUGUCUAAAAAUGAUCUUUGUAAAUCACAUUUAAGAUUGAUUUUUAAUUAACAAAAGAAUUUUAAAAAAGUAUUGUAAAUUAAGGAAACAAUGUAAUUUUAUUUUAUUACUUUGCUAUUUGUUUUCUCUGUACUAUAGUGUUUAAUUAUACAUUUUGUUUUAUAAUUUUUCAGUUUAGAGUAUCCACCUACAGAACAACAAAAACACUGUCAAGAAAUUGAAAACAUAUUACCAACAAAUAAUGAAGAUAAGACAAAUGAUCUGGUAGAAAAAGCUAGGGCUUUAUGGAAAAAGUGGAUUAUAUUAAAAAUAGUAUUUAAAAUUCCAAAAAAAAUGUAUCAACAUAAUGUAAUUAAAGAAAUACAUUCAAAUAAACUUACUGAUGAAUCAUAUGCAUUAGCUAUGGAUAUACCAGUUUUAGACCAAAAUACGUAAGUUAGAAUAUAAUUUUUAUUAUUAUUUAUUUGUGUUUUAUAUGUUUUACCUUAAAAAUGUUGUAAAUUUUAGAUCUUGUUUAUAAUAGGAAAAUAAAUUGUUUAGUUUUAAAAAUUUUAAUCUAAGAUCUAGAAAUGUAAAUAUAAUUAUUUAGUAACUACUUGGUUUCGAGUUUGUGCCAUCAUCAAAAGUUACAAAUUCUAAAUAUCUACCUGUUAUUUUUGUUUUUCUUCAUUUCCAUAUAAUUUAAAAGUGAUAUUUUAAUAUUUUAUUUUAUUUCUUUUCAAGUAUUUAUGUAUCAACUACCCUUUAAUGUUUUAUCAGUAACCUGAAUAGCAUAAAACCGAAACUGAGCAUUUAUUGAAUAAUUUUUUAGACUUUUACGUCUUGGUUUAAAUUUUUUAAACAAUUUAUUUUCCUAUUAAAAACUGAUUUAUUUUUUCUAUUGUUUGUUUAUAGAUUUAAAAUUUCAAAUAAAUACAUCAGUAAAGCACAGAACAAACAAACUAUUCCGUUAGAAUGUAUGAAACAAAGGAAAGAAUAUGAAUUAAAGAACUUUGAACAAGAAAGGCCGAAAAUGUAAAUUCUUAAAAAUUAUUAGUCACAAUAUCUAUUUUUACCUGAAAACUAUUUUUUUAAUUUAGUUUUAGGAAAAAAGCUAUGGAUAAUUGCUUAGAGCAACAUGAAGAUGUAAUAAAAAAAAAACUUGAUGGAUCUUUUUUACAGCAACCAAUAAAUUUACUUAAUUGUAAUAGUUCAGUUAAUAAUAAUACUAUGUUUAAAAGGACAAGGUGGGACUGUUCUUCUAAUAUGACACAUAUUAUUCAAAGUAAGUAAUAUAGUUCUAUGAGUAAAUAAAUAAUUGUUUUCAAUUAAUAAUAAUUAUUUAAAUUUUAGGAUUGUGCACAAUUUUUUUAUAUAUAUAUAUAUAUAUAUCAAUAUUUAUUAUGAAAUUUUUAGUUUUUCAUAAACAAAUGAAAUAAUAAUAGUAGUAUGAUUGAGGAUGAAUCAUAUGUGUUAUUUAUCUUUAAUUUUUAUUAUUUUUAGUAUGUUUUUAUUUUACAUACAAAAUUAGGUAUAACAACAACUAGGUACUAGAAUAAUCAAAAAAAAAAAUGUAUUUGAUACUUUAUCCUAUCUAAUAAUAUCUAGAAAUUAAGGCGGGUCCACAUGAGCCGUUAUUUUGCUCCCGCAGCGUGAUCAUAUUAAUGCAAUAACUGGCUUUUUCGCGACAAUAUCAUUAGUUUAUUUCGAAAUGUCUACCGAGGACAAUGUAGUUUAUGCACUCGCGUUAUUAUAUACUUAUAAGCGACAAAGAUUCUCGUUCCAAAAAAAAAUGCUGUGUUCAUUCAAGUUUGAACAAGUGAAAAGUUGUGAGUGGUAUACAGCUAAUUUUUAAUUCAAUAGAUCAAUUAAAUUAUGAAAUACAGGGUUUUUGCCAUAAUUUUUUGCACAUGUCAAGUUCCAAUUUUGAAAAUAUAUUGUACAAAUUCUGUCCGAUUAUUACUAUUAGAUAUUUUAUAAUUCACUGCCUUAACCCCGCCCCCCCCCCCCCCCCAAAAAAAAAAAAAAAAAAAAAAAAAAAAAAAUUGUUCAAUAUACUUAUGUUUAUUGUUUUUUAUCAAGUCAUUUCGGUGGGUCGGAAUUUCUUAAAUUAUUUAUCAAUAAGUAAUAACAUUUCUGUCAACACAAGCGCUGCUCGCGGCCAAAAUUAUGCAAUGAGAAUUUACCGCUUUAUGCUUGCAUAGAAAUAAAAGAAUCCGCACAUAGAUAUUUCGUGACAAUUUUUUACAUCACAUGAAAAUGUACAUAGAAAUUAUUUUGAAUACAAAUAUUUAAUUGUGUCAUUGUUUUUAACUGUGUCAUAAUGUAUAAUUUUUAAAUUAAUAAUAAUAAUAUAUUUUACGAUGGAUUACUUGAAAUUGGCAUUUAUGUCGGACGUCAUGUCCACACGGAUCAUCUUUUGUCACGUGUUACAGCCCGCCCCGCCUUUCUUUAGACUGCUCCCCCAGGCCGAUCAGAAAUUAUGCCGCGCGCCAUCAAAAAGAACGGUGUUAAAUAAAUUUUGUGACAUCACACUUGCUCCAUGUGGUCCCGCCUUUAGAUAAACAAGGUAUAUAUGUAUAUAGUGUAUUGUCAUAUAUGUUGACACAACUUUGGUAUAUUAUACCAUAUAGUUCUGGAUUUUCCAAUAAUUAAUAAUCAUCUAGUUAAAAUUUGAAAAAUAUCAAUAUAAUUAUUUCAUUAAGAUAUUGAUAUCAAAAUUUAAAAUAUCGAUAAAGUGUAUUCUUAACCAAUAACCAACAAACCAGGUGAUUCUUUUAUUGCUCUACAAUUUUACGUUGAAAAUGUUUUAAAUAGAUGGUUUUACAAAGAUAUUUAUUAUUUUUUUUUUUUCUAUUUUUUUACCAGUAAUUUUGCUCCAACUUCUUAUUUCUUAUUAGAUUCUAAGUGUAGCACAGAAUGUAUUUGUUUUACAAAGAUGUUUUUUUUUUUAUUUUUGAAACUGUGUACAAAAAUUCUACCAGAAAUCUUGCUCUGAUGUAUACGAUGUAAGCCCUUUUCUGAAAGGAAAUUUUCUUGGGGUGGUAAUUUUGGGAAAAGAUAUGCAUUAACCCUGAAGAAUAUCUCUUCAUUAUUAUUUAUACAAUGUGUUGGUCCCCCUACUAAUAGUUUCAUACCAUGUAACUAUGUAAAAUCUUGGAUAAUUAGUAGUAAGAGAGAUGCAGAAAAAACUUGUUGUCCAAAAAUAAUUAAAUUAAAAGAUGUAAAACUGCACUUUUAUAAAUGCAAUUUCAUUGAUGUACAGAUUAUGUAUAAUUUCUUUAUCGUUAUAGUCUAUUUCAAUGUCUUCCAUAAUUCUAAAAAGUUUUGUCCAUUUAACAUUAUCGAAAGCCUUCUCCAGAUCUAAGAAGGCAAUAAACAGUGGAUUGUUUAUUCUAAAAAUUUUCUCUAUGAUUAUUCUUAAGCAUAUUAUCGCCUCUCUAGUGCCUCUAUUUUUCCUGAAACCAAAUUGGUUUUCAGUUAAAUUUUCAUUUAUCCUUGACUUUAUUCUUUUGUGCAUUAUUUUUAUGAGAAUCUUAGAAGCAUGUGUUAUGAGGCUAAUUGUUCUGUAUUCUUUUCUGAUUUCUUUUUCUUGGGAAUGGGAAUUAUAAUGCAUUUCUAAAAAUCUUUCAGAAUGGUGCCUGGUUCAGAAUGGUCUCGUGUGCUUUUAUUAUUAUUCUAAACAGAAUAUCUUUUCCAUAAUCAUCUAAUGUCUUUAAUAGUUCUUCAUUUAAUUCAUCUAUCUCAGGUGCUUUAUUACUUUUAAGUUCUUUUAAGGCUAUUUCAAAUUCUUCUCUUAAUAUAGGUGGUCCUGUAUUGUAUUGCAUGUCUUCCCAUAUCGUCAUAGAUAAUUGUAUAAUGUCUGCUUGCUCGUUUCCAUAUAGUUUUUCUAUGUAAUCUUUCCACGUUUUUAGUUUUUUCUCCUUAUUGCUUAUAAGUUUUCCAUCAAUGCUUUUCAAGAACAUUGGCUUAUUUCUAGGUUUGCUGAAAAAUCUUUUUAUUAUCUUGUACACCUUAUUGCUUAUACCUUUGGAAAUGCAGUCGUCUAUUGUAGAGCAUUUAACAUUCAGCCAUUCUUCUUUUGCUUUCUUUGACUCUCUUAUAAUCAUGUUUCUAUAUACUUUGUAUUUUCUUUUAUCUUCUUCAUUUUUCCAUUUUUAUAUUUUCUUUGUUCUUCUAUGAGGUUUACAAUUUUAUUAUUUAUCUAAGAUCCUAUCGGGAUAUUUCUCCCAAAAUUUAUUUUACAGGAAAAUAAAAUUACAAAAAGGUUUUUAGAUGUAGGAUGGUAAAUUGAGGAAUAUAUUUGCGAGAAUAUAUUUACAAAGAAAUUUAUAAUUCCGAAAAUAUUAUUUAGAAAAAUAAUACUUUGAUAUUUAAAAUUAGAAAAAUGUAACUUAUAAAAAUAUAACUAUGGCAUACAAUUUUCAUUAAUUAUUAUCAAUAUCUUUAGUAUUCAUAUUAUCAAUCAUGUUACAUAUCAUGAAUGACAAGAAUUAUUUAUAUUUUUAACAAAACAAUUUUUUGUUGAUAAUUUAUUUCAUUUUACGCUAUUUGCAUAUAUUAUAUAUUGUCUUAUUACCUAUAUAUUAUAUAAUAUUAUUCAUAUUGUUAGGCCUGAUUAAAUAUCUUGUUCUCACCAGAUAAUUGAUUAAAUACUUCUAAAUUUAAUUAUUUGAUAGAAUUUUUACUAUUCCUUUUUGUUUUGAUAAAUUAUUGUCAUAAAGGUCUAUAAAAUAUAAUGACUUUAACUUAUGUCACAGUAAAUUGUUCUUCUGCCAGAUGAAGUAUGUUGUUCUCUUACUAAGUAAUGAUUGGAAUUUUGUAUACCAUCUCCACAUAACACAAUUGACACUUUUUCAUCUUGUGAGCAAUCUGGCCAUGUGGUGUUUAUAAGCUUGUUUUAAAUUAUAAAUUAUUUAAAAUAAGUAGAUAUUUAAUAUUUUUUUAACUAUGAGUAGGUACUCCUAUAUGUAUAAUAAUAGAAUUUUUACAAAUUUUGUUUCAGAUUCAAUAGUCAAUUAUAAUAUGCAAAUUCCUUGUUUCAUGCCACCACAAGGUACAAAGCAACCAUUAGUUCAAUUUCCUCCUUGUCAUAUUCAACCUCAAAUAUUUCCUAAUAAUUAUGCAUUUAAUCCAUUUACAAUUUUUAAUACUCCUCCACCGCCACUACCUAAUCAACAUCAAAUAAAAUCAACUGCCCUGUCUAUAAACAAACAUGUACAUCAAAAUGUAGAACCGCCUGAUCUGUCUCCUACAAGACUUCUGUUAAAAUCAGCCGACACUAAAGUAUUUAAUUUGAUUAAUGAAAGUUUAUGUAAUCAUUUUAAUUCUGAAAAAAAUUUUGAAUCAAACAAACAUUCCAAUACAUCUUGUUCAAGAGCUGUAAAAUCUGGUAUAGAUUUGUUAGCAAGAAUUAAAGUUCUUAGUAAUUCUUUUAAAAACCAGCCAUCAAAGUUAAUUAACUUUAAUAGUUUAAAACAAAAAAGUGGCAAAACCAAACUAAAAAAUAUACAAUCAUCAGAUAUAAAUUUGACAUCUGCAUGUGAUAAAAAUAAUAAAAUCAUUUUCAUUAAUGAACAAGCUGCUGUGACUUCAAAUACAUUAAGUGAGGAUGUAUUAUCUGUUCCUAAAACUAUUCCAUUGUCUGGAAAAAAUAAAUUUGCUGCUAAUAUUUUAAAUUCGUUAUUAAAAAAGACAGGGUCUCAAAAAAAAAAUUCAACACCAAAAAAAUUUGUUAUAAAAAAUUUGAAUUCUGAGAUUAUUACAUGUGCUGAAGCUGAUAAAGAAAUUGAACUGUAUAAAAACAUGAAACCACAAGUAAUAAAAAAUGUUGUUGCUCAUGUUAAAACCACAAAUGGUUUUGCGACAGUUAUGAAAAGACAAUGGGGAAUCAAGAUAAAAGGUCUUCAAGAAAACUAUAACAAAAUUCCAGCUACAAAACGUAAUAUAAUGCGUAAAGGUAGUAUACAUCGACUAUCAUUAAAAGAUGGUUUUAGUAAUAAAACAAAAUCUGUAUUAAAAAGACACAAUAGUAUUUAUAUGGAGGACUAUGAUAAAAAACCAAAAGAAAAACGUGUUACAUUUUUGAUUGAAGGUGAAACAUCACCAAUUUUUCCACAUUCAGAAAUUCGACCAAUUAAUUUAAAUCAGAAUCUAGUGAAACAAAAACCUCUUAUGAAAUGCCAUCCAUUUGGAAUACGAAAUGAACCAAAAUAUAUUCCUCAAACAACUUCUACUAUUCAAAAUAGUAAUUUACAAUUAUCUAUUGACGAUCAGCAGUUGGAAACAAUUGAUCAGCAGUUGGAAACGACUGAUCAGCAGUUGGAAACGACUGAUCAGCAGUUGGAAGUGACUGAUCAGCAGUUGGAAGUGACUGAUCAGCAGUUGGAAAUGACUGAUGAUCAGCAAUUGGAAAUGACUGAUGAUCAGCAAUUUGAAAUGACUGAUUAUCAGCUAUUGGAAAUGACUUAUGAUCAGCAAUUGGAAACUACUGAUCAGCAGUUGGAAACAAUUCAUGAUCAGAUCAUUAGACCUAUUGUUGAAAAAUUCAAAGCAUCAAAAAGAAGGCGAAUUAGUUCACAUGUCGACGUAUCAGAUCAAUUGGAGCAAUUUAAAAAUCAGAGAAUUCAUAAGAUACCAUUAAACAUGGAAUCUUUAUGUUUAGAUGUAUUAAAGCUGAUUCCUGAUAAUGAAGAUGAUGUAAAGAAAGUACUUAAUUAUCAUAAUUUAUUGGUCCGAGUUGUUGUAAAAACUUUGGGACCAUAUUCUAAAAAGCCCUGUCAACAAGGGCGUAUAAGAAAUGAUGAUGAUUUUAAAUACGUUGCCAAAAAGGUAAAUAUACAAUUUUCAAUUUUUUAGAUUUUGUUAUUAUACAAUAAUUAGUCCCAAAUAAUCUUUUAAAAAAUUAUUGGUAUAAUAAUAAUUUGAUAAUUUGAUAAAUUAAGAAUAAAUUGUGAAUUUUGAUGAGUAGUAAGUUUAGAGAUAAUUUUGGGAGAAUUAAAGUUAAAAAUGGGGUGAGGGAAAUAGUAUUAUGUAGGUGGAGACUAAUGAUAAAAUACAUUCCACUUUUAUUUUUCACAUUCUAAGUGUAGUGAGGAAUGUAUUGGGUUUAUUAUGUGUACUUUAUUUAUUUUGUUGUUUUUUCCCUGUGAACAAUUUUUGACCAAAUAUCUUGCUCCAAUCGAAAAAUGGCAAGAAACAUUUCUUGCUAAUUUCUAGAUCUAGUUGGAGGUUGAUGAUUGUCUUUUUUGAUUUUCCUUAGCAGUUUUCAUAAUAAUUGGGAAAAACUGGAGAAAAUAACAUUUAGUAAAAAUGGACAAAUAUUUACAUACAAAUGUCAUUAUUUUUACUUAAUUUGUAUGAUUAUGUUUUAUAUGUACCAGAAAUUUUGGUUCGUAUUUCAGUAGUAAGAUCUUUUAUGAAAUAAAAUGUUGUAUAUUUAAUGAGUUAGAACGUCAUUUUCCAAUUAUUAAUUUAAUUUGUUAUCCUUAUAAUUGGGAAAAAACAUAAUUUUUAUUAUUUUCAAAACAUUCUUAAUUAUUGAAUUUUUUUUUAUUUUUCUUUAGUUGGUAUUAUGCGAUUAAAAUUGUUUAGUGGCAAAAAAAAAUGUUGAGCAUUAGUAGUAAUUUUUUUUCUUCAAAUGUUGAUGAAAUCAUACAGAUUAUAGUAUUUCAAAACAUGUUAAACUAAACUUUGCUCAAAAUCAUUUUUUGUUAGCAAUGAUUUAUACUGUAUUAUUAUUAUUAUUAUUAUUUAUUUCAAAUAGCAUUCAUCCCUGCUUAAAAAACCUGUUACAGUUUAUAUGUAUUUAUAUUAUACAGGAUGUCUUACAGUAUUAUCAAAUUACUAAUAACUCUGUCAAUGUUAUUUUUUUUUACAAUUGGGUUUUGUGUCUUCUUUAUACAGAACCCGAUUGUAAAAAAAGAAUUUUAAAAUUUAAAAUUUGAAUUUCUUUUCAAUUAGACAUUUUCAAAUUAAUCAUUCUUUUUAUGGUUAUUUUAGGUCACCAUAAAUAUCUAUUUGAAAUUGUCGAGUCAUUUUUGUUUUAUGUGGAUACGAUUUUUGUAAUCUAUUUUUAUCAGUAUUGUGUUAAAAUUUUUUAAAAACAUCAAAAUGUUUAAAUUAUUUUGUAAAUACUAAUUAAUUAAAUUUUAAUUUAUCAUAAUAUAUUUAACUGAACUAUAAAAAAAUUUUUUCAUUGUACAUUAUAUUAAUGGUUGCAUAAAGUAAUAAAUUAAAUUAUCCUAUAUGUAUAUCCUACCUUCUGAAUUGCUUACUUAAAAUAUAGCACAAUGUAUAGUGCCUUUUUAAAUAAAAUUUUAUCUUAAAACUGUUUUUUGCUUUAUUAUCAAUUGAAUAGAUAUUGAUAUUUCACUGACAUUGCGAAAUAAUGGUCAAAACAAUUUUACCUCAUUUCACAGAAUUUAUAGAAUAAUAUAACAUAGAUACAAAAUAUGAUGGCAAAUCUAAUUAUAAUUUUGUUCAAAUUAAAAAUAUCACUUUUUUAAUAACACAUAGUCUGUGAUUAAUAAAAAAACGGCUUUUUACAGAUUACCGAAAAUGUGUUGUUGAAAGAAUUACAGUUAAAGAGAGUGGAUAAAUUAAAAAUAGGUAAUAAUACAAAAGAUAAAGUUACAGAGUAUAUCAAAAAAUAUAUGUCUCGUUUUGGAGAGUUUUACAAAAGAAAACCUAAUGGUACGUAUGUUACUUUUCAAUUGUUUUAUUCUUAAAAACUUUAAUUCAUCAAUCAUUUUAAAUUAAACCAUUGAUUGAUUUUAUUUACUUUUUAUUUUUUUUAAGUUGAACUUUUAUUCCAGCAAAUUUAAUCUGUUUAUUUUUCAGAAAAAAAUAAUCAACACAAAGCGAAAUAG